UUGACGUUGACGUUGAUAAAUAUAAAUAUUAAAAACUAAAAACCCAUUGCAAAAUAUUGAAGAAAAACAGAACAGUUAUAAAUCUAUUGUUGGAGAUUGCAUUCGCAAAUUGAAAUGGGUUGUGAUGGUGGUACCAUUCCAAGACGAGAUGAACUUGUUAAAGUUAAAAAGAAGCCCGAAGCUAAAGAUAAGAAUGCAGAACUAGCAUUUAAGUGGAGAUGUUGUUUUAUAACUCAAGAAGUUCUUCAAGAACCAAUUGUUGUUUGCCAUCUGGGAAAAUUGUACAGUAAAAUGUCUCUAAUUGAAGCCUUGCUUGAUAGAAGUUCAUUGCCAGAGUCCAUAAAAUACAUAAAGAGUUUAAAAGAUGUUAAAGAUCUUAAGUUGACCCCAAAUCCAGAAUUUUUAAAAGAUGAAGGCAAGAGGGAGGGUUCUUUGGAUAAUAGAGCUGCACCUUACAUUUGUCCAGUAUUAGGACUAGAAAUGAGUGGAAAGUUUAGAUUUGUAGCAGUUUGGUCCUGUGGAUGUGUAUUUUCAGAAAGAGCUUUAAAAGAAAUAGGUACAAAAAAUUGCCACAAAUGUACUAAACCAUUUGAAGAUGAUGAUAUUGUUAUAAUAAAUGGGAAUGAGGAAGAUCUAGAGCUAAUGCAUCAAAGAAUGGAGAAAAGACGCCAGAACAUGAAGAAAAAUAAAGAAAAGAAAAUAAAACAAGAACCAGAAGAAGUUGCAGGAAGUUCUUCUGAAACCAUAACUAGUGAAACAAAAAGCAUAAAAAGAAGUGCAGGAUCAUCAAAAAUAGAAGAUGCAAAAAAGAUGAAAACUGGAAUUGAUGUAUCACAUUCUAAAAUUGGAAAUAUGGUGUCAGUAGGAAAAGUGACCAAAGCUGAAGAAUUAAGAAAAAUGAAGCCAGAUUACAGUGUUGCUAAAGACAAACAAGUUUCUAAUGUAUAUAAAUCAUUGUUUACAAGUCACAAAUCAGAAAAGGAGCAAAACAGGGCUCACUGGGUUACCUAUAAUCCAUUUUAUAAUUAAGUAUAAUAUUAA